UCUACAUAUCCUGGAUCCAGUAUGCAUCACUUCAACGGAAACUGUACGAAGAUAGAUCGGUAAUAAAGAUGGCUCAUCAAGAAACGCACCGUCCUGCCUGGGAUGGCUGCAAGACUUGGAUUUCUUAUGGCUCAUCCUACGAAGAAGCAUGUUCCAAGCAUAUCGCUGACAACUUCCAAGCCAAGCGAGUGUACAUCAUCGCAUCGGGAUCACUGUCUCGAGACACCAACCGUGUGAAGGUUCUGCAGCAUGCGCUUGGAGACAAGGUGGUAGGCACUCGAUACGGCAUGCGACCGCAUACUCUGUGGUCGGAGAUAUUGGAGGUGGUCAAGGAAGCGACCGAGCUGAGAGCAGAUCUACUUGUGACAUUGGGUGCGGGAAGUCUGACAGAUGGAGCAAAGAUCAUUGCGCUGGCAAUGGCGAAUAGAUGCGAAUCCUUCGAAGACCUGGACACGCUGCAUUCAAGAACAGAGAGCGGGCAAGACGUGAAGACACCCACAGUGCCGGUCAUCUGCAUACCAACCUCCCUCUCAGGUGGAGAGUACAAUGCGCGCGGAGGCGGCACCAACGAUCACAAUCAUCGAAAGUACAGCUUCGCCGGCCCCAUCAAAGCGCCAGCGCUGGUCAUCUUGGAUCCCGAGCUUACGACAACCACCCCCGAUCGGUGGUGGCUGUCCACUGGGGUCCGAGCGGUGGAUCACUGCGUCGAAGUCAUAUGUUCCCUGCAAGGCACUGCGCAGAGUGAUUCAGACUCCAUCCGCGGCCUGAAACUCCUCAUCCCUGGCCUGUUGCGAUGCAAGAAGAAUGCGGGAGAUCUAGAGGCUCGAUUACAGUGUCAAAUGGGGGUGAUUGAGUCCGUCAAAGCACCCAAUCUCAGCGGGGUGCCCAUGGGAGCGUCGCACGCCAUCGGCCAUCAGCUUGGGCCGCUGAAUGUAGGACACGGCGAGACAAGCUGCAUUCUGUUGCCGGCGGUAUGCAAGUACAACCGCAGCGUGAACGGCGCGAAGCAAGAUGCCGUGCAGGAGGUACUAUGGGAGGAAGUUGAGGUGCAGAGGGUUUUGAAGGAUGCCGGGCUGGGUCACGACUCGGAUCUGGGCGACAUGCUCGAUGCCAUCUUCCGAGCGUUGGGGAUGCCGAGGACGCUGAAGGAUGUGGGCGUUGGAGAGGACCAGCUCGAGCUGCUUGCCGAAAACUCCAUGACGGAUCGUUGGAUCGGAACGAAUCCUCGUCCUUUGACGGACAAGGCUCAGGUGAUGGAGAUUUUGGAAAUGGUAAAGGGGUGAUUCUCUCUCCGAACGAGGGGAUGCUGCGGGAGGUCUGAAAUCUGUCAGCAUACGCCAGUACCAGCCGUUACACCAUUGACGAAGGAGUCAUCCUGAGAAUGGGUAAACAAUCCGUCGGGUCUGUGAAUGGCAUUGACACAGGCUGGGCGGUACAUGGCGGUACUGAUCGUUGCCAGUGCUCGGGCGAUGUCUGGCAAGGGCGUUGUCUUCCUCGAGGCGCUAUCAUUCUCUUCGUCGUCUGGUCUCCAGCAUUUCGCAUUGCAGGCAAAGCAAGGCAUCGGACCCCGGCUUAUGAGCUCGUUUCAUUGCCUGCCUCCUGCACAACGGGAAAAUCCUCGCAAAAGCUAAAAAUAAGACCGGGGCGUGGGGGGCGGUGCACUGCGGGGAGGCAUGGAAUGGGACGGGAGGAUGAUGUCGAUUCUGCCCACCCUUCCCA